UAGGUGCCGGAAGUGCCGCCAUUUUGGGGUGUUCUGCUCUGGCGGCAGCGGCAGCGGCGGCGGGACGCGGAGGCUCCCCCGGGACUCGGCCUCAGCAGCGAGGCGGCGGCAGCGGCUGCGAAGGCGCAGGCAGCAGCUGAGGCAGCGGCGGGCUCAGGUGCAGCCGCUGAGUGAAGACAUAGUCCAGAAAGGGAGGUGUAAAGCCACAGGCUGAACAUAACUUCCUUUUUUCAAAAUUCCCUGUGUUGUGAACUGAGCUUGAGUGAAGUGAAAUCUUUGAGGAAGCUAAAGCUGUGUGUAUUUGUGGAUCAGACAAGUGCAGCAAGUUAAUAUCAUUGGCUUCUGAAGGGGAGAGUGAGGUGAUGGCUGCGUUUAAGUUGGAUUUCCUUCCAGAAAUGAUGGUGGAUCAUUGCUCUUUGAAUUCCAGUCCUGUCUCAAAGAAAAUGAACGGCACGCUGGACCACCCAGACCAACCAGAUCUUGAUGCUAUCAAGAUGUUUGUGGGCCAGGUUCCGAGGACCUGGUCUGAGAAGGACUUGAGGGAACUCUUUGAACAGUAUGGUGCUGUCUAUGAAAUCAAUGUCCUAAGGGAUAGGAGCCAAAACCCCCCUCAGAGCAAAGGGUGCUGUUUUGUUACAUUUUACACUCGCAAAGCUGCAUUAGAAGCGCAGAAUGCUCUUCACAACAUGAAGGUCCUCCCAGGGAUGCAUCAUCCUAUACAGAUGAAGCCUGCCGACAGUGAGAAGAACAAUGCAGUGGAAGACAGGAAGCUGUUUAUUGGUAUGAUUUCCAAGAAGUGCACUGAAAAUGACAUCCGAGUCAUGUUCUCUUCAUUUGGACAGAUUGAAGAAUGCCGGAUAUUACGGGGACCUGAUGGCCUGAGCCGAGGUUGUGCAUUUGUGACUUUUACAACAAGAGCCAUGGCACAGACGGCUAUCAAGGCAAUGCACCAAGCACAGACCAUGGAGGGUUGCUCAUCUCCCAUGGUGGUAAAAUUUGCUGAUACGCAGAAGGACAAAGAACAGAAGAGAAUGGCCCAGCAGCUCCAGCAGCAGAUGCAGCAAAUCAGCGCAGCAUCUGUGUGGGGAAACCUUGCUGGUCUAAAUACUCUUGGACCCCAGUAUUUAGCACUUUAUUUGCAGCUCCUUCAGCAGACUGCCUCCUCUGGGAACCUCAGCACCCUGAGCGGCCUCCACCCGAUGGGAGGGUUAAAUGCAAUGCAGUUACAGAAUUUGGCUGCUCUUGCCGCUGCAGCUAGUGCAGCUCAGAACACACCAAGUGGUACCAAUGCUCUCACUACAUCCAGCAGUCCCCUCAGCGUACUCACCAGUUCAGGGUCCUCACCGAGCUCUAGCAGCAGCAGCUCUGUCAACCCCAUCGCCUCCCUGGGAGCCCUGCAGACAUUAGCUGGAGCGACAGCGGGUCUCAAUGUCAGCUCUUUGGCAGGGAUGGCUGCUUUAAAUGGUGGCCUAGGGAGCAGUGGCCUUUCCAAUGGCACUGGGAGCACCAUGGAGGCCCUCACACAGGCCUACUCGGGAAUCCAGCAAUAUGCUGCUGCAGCGCUCCCCACUCUGUACAACCAGAACCUGUUGACACAGCAGAGUAUUGGUGCUGCUGGAAGCCAGAAGGAAGGUCCAGAGGGAGCCAACCUGUUCAUCUACCACCUGCCCCAGGAGUUUGGAGAUCAGGACCUGCUGCAGAUGUUUAUGCCCUUUGGGAAUGUCGUGUCUGCCAAGGUUUUCAUAGACAAGCAGACAAACCUGAGCAAGUGUUUUGGUUUUGUAAGUUACGACAAUCCUGUUUCGGCUCAAGCUGCCAUCCAGUCCAUGAACGGCUUUCAGAUUGGCAUGAAGCGGCUUAAAGUGCAGCUCAAACGUUCGAAGAAUGACAGCAAGCCCUACUGAGCGUGCUCCCCUCUGAGACUGGAGUGAGAGGGUCUUCUGGUAAGUGGGGGAGGAGCACCCUUAAUGAUUCGAAGCCCUAAGGCUGUGUGUUGACAGCCCUGGACCCUGACCCCCGCCACUCUGCAGGCACAGCUUUGCCCUGAAGACUCGGCUACUGCCUUCUGUGGGAGUUUCGCUUCGUACAGAGGACGAGUUUGUGCUUUGGUUUCCAGUGUUUUACUUUGGAGUUUAGGUGCCAUAUCCUAAGUUUUUUUCUUUAUUUAAAGUUUGCUGUGUUUGUAACCAGUGUGUGUUGAGAAGGACCAACAUCAAACCGCCCUGGGGGAGGAGGGGGAAUGGAGAAACAUUAAAAAAAGAAGAUGAGAGCUUUCCUCAACCUACCCCAAGAGAGAGGACUGAGUGAAACCAAAAACUGACCCCAGAAUCUACCUUAGUGCAAGAGUGGGUGAAAUAACUGGCGCCCAAGAGCCUUGGGGGGCGGAGGCAGGGCUGCCUUUGGAGGUGAGGAGAGUUGACCCACACCCAGCGGCCCCGGGAGCUGGAGGCUGGAGCACCUCCCUCACUGCCUGCUGAGUUCUUGCCACCUAUUUUGCAAGAUUUCUGCUCCACUUUCUCAAGAAGGGGAUGACAGUUCUCUGGGAAUAAAGCACCUGUUAAAUUAGCCUCACAUAUGCAAAAAGCAGGGAGACGUCCCCCAUUACCAGCUUUUCCAGCCAUCCAUUGGUGUUGGAUUGGCUCUGCCUGGCUGGUGGCUGGCUGUUAGGAAGAAGCAGCCAGUCAGGUCGUUUUUAGUUUAUUUCAAGACCACAUGGCCCAUUUCUAACAGGUUCCUUUAAACAAGGCCUCUAGGGAAGACACUGUCUGGUUUCCUUCUGUGUAGUUGACCACAGCAGAGAGUGUCAUUUCCAUCCCGAGGCACAGUUUUUUCUUGAGGGUAAAUCCAAGAGGGGCUUAUAGUAUCUAGCUGAAGGGGGCACCUCUCCUGAGCAGAGUAAUUGAAAGCCAUCGAGUUAGGGGAGGAGGAGCCUGCUUCUUGGUGUACCUGAAUCAGAAGGUCUCUUUAAGCCAGAGUGCUGCAUUGGUCAGUGGCCAGCACUAACUACUUAAAAAGAUGAGAAAUCUACGCUUGCCUCCUUGGUUGAGGGGUCCCAGAUGUAGUAUUCCCCCCGAGGCAGGCCCCUCUUCUAACCACUCCAGCCCCUUCUGCUCUUGGGGACACAGGAGACAACAGGACGUUUACAGCCUCCAUAUGGAUUUAGUGUUCAUUUACCUCAGUAUUACCAUGUUCAUUUUUGUCCUCGUGCUUACAGUUAGCUCCCUGCUGCCUCCCACAGGUCUUACUCCAGCCCUUGCCUGUGACCCACACAGCCUCUGGGCCCUGCCUCAGCUCCAAGAAAUGCUGUGGGGGUGGAGAGCCAGAAAGGACGUGCUGUUGGGAAUGUGCAUCUGGGCAGAGGUAGCCCUGUUGGGAUCUGACUCUUAGCCAAGGCCAGGGACUGGGUCCCUGGGAUCUUCAACCUCACAAACAUCAGUCCUGACCCCUAGCAGCAGAGAUGAGAUUCAAGGGGUUGGUUUGGUAUUAAGUCAGAUUGGGGUGGGGGGGCGGCUCUUUCCUUGUCAUGCUGUCCGUUUGGGUCACAGACAGGGAUUGACCAUCUUGCUGUUGUACAGGUAGUUUGGUGGUGUUGGAUUAUCCCAUUGAAGCAGGGACAGCUGUUCCCUUCUCAUAGUGAUAUCUUGGGUUUGUUGUCCUCUAAGAGACGUGAAACAUACUUCUUAAGCUGAACCACGUAAACUUGAAUUCCGCGCACUGGGAGAAAUGUGUCCUGUGUUUCAAGGAUAAAACUGUUCCAAAGGCUUCCAGGGUCAUGAUGGGAUUUUUUAAAUAAAUGCAAAAAAUAAAAAUAAAAAAGAAAAAAGAAAAAAAGAAAAAAAUGCUAGGUUGGGGAGGCGCUGUUCUGAAUCCCAACCGGCUGGAACCAAGAAUGUCGUUUCUAUUUUUAUAGAAGUUUUAUACAGCUCCUGGGUGGAGAAUAUUUAUUACCUAAAUUAUAUCUCUGGAAAAGGCCAGGAUUUUGUAGAAUCCAGAAUGUGAUUGUUGUACACACAGGGUGCUGUGUAUGAUUGAAACUACUGACUCUCUGUGGCCCGUUUGCAGCCCAGCUAAUAAUCUGCCAGAGGGGAAGGAGUUAAUGCUGUGAAUUGGCAGAGGAGAGAGCUGUGCUCCCCAGGGUGCUGCCGGUGCUGCCAUAGCUGACCUUCUGUUCCGUCUUCCUCCUUGGCCAUCGCGGGGUUUUCCAAAGCCCAGAACUCCACUCCCUUCCUACACUCUCUCCCCUCCCCCUCCUCCCCCAUUUCACUAUUAUUUGUCCUGGGCUCUGGGACCUUAUGAAACGCCUUUUCGAAUAACAUGAAAGGCAAAGAUGCAAUCAGCCUGCCUUUGCUAGCAGACCCAGAGGUUCCAUAUCUGCUUGUGGGGUUCUCUUUUCUAAAAGGGGCGUGUACCACAGCAGGGCCCUGGGCUGCCUUAGCCGCCAGCUGGUGAGACCAGGCACUUCUCUCUGCUCUCCUCCCCCUCCCCGGUGAGUGCGCAUAGUAGCACUGCCCUUGAGCACAGUUCUCUCCCCAGGCCAAAGAUGGUUUGUGAAGAAGCUGCUCCCCUACAAGUCUCAUGGUGUGGAAGGGUUCAGCUCGGAGAGUGGAGACUAGCAGUCAAGUCUUAAGCAAUCCUUUUCUGUUGUGUGGGGGUUUCACCUAACAUAAAUGUGUUUUCUGCCUAUAGUUUUGUUUCUUACUGGGUUUCAUCAUGAAAUUGAUUUGCCUUGAAUGCAGCCAGACAUUGUCUCCUGGGUCCCACAUGAGUGGCCAGGGCCUGCGUGGAAGCUAAGAGCUUGGAUUUCUGGAAACACAAGGCCAUCCCCAUAGAACUGAGGGGAAAUCCUGGCCCUCUCCCCUAGAGAGUUCCCCCCCACCCCAGCCAUUGUCUUCUACUUUCUCCUGGGUUUGAGGAGGAGAGAGGCUGGAGCUCUGUUCCACCAGAGACCUAUCUUCUUCUCCCACCACGGACUUGUUUGGGCGCCUCAGGGGAAAUCCAAGCCUUAGGUUCCCUUCUGUCUCUGGCACUUGGAUGUUUUCUUGGUGUCCUCCAUGUCCUUUUUGACUUUUCCCUGUGUCCAUUGUUAGCAUGUGCAAAAGUUCCUUGUCAUUACCCAGCCCCUGCCCCGCCCGCCUCCUCAUUUCAGGGCUGUACACAGUGAGUGUUCCUCUUCUCUCUCUCUCUCUGUUUGGAUGUAUUGCUCUGUGUAACUCAGUGGGUCUCCCUCUUUCUGGUUUGUUUUUUUUUCUAGAUUCCUGCCGUUUGUUCAUCGUUGUGCCUAAAGCAUGUCGAUGUGGCGUCAAGUACAUCGUCCAAAUCCCUGUCUCUUCAGCUUCUCUGAUGCUUGAACUCUCACCUUUGACCUUGUGUUGACCUUUGAUGCUGACGUGUAUUUUUAUUAUGUUUGUUUCUUUCUUUGUUAUUUCUUUUUUCUUUUCCUUUUUUUUUCUUUUGUGCUGCCAAAUUGGUUUUGCUAGAACGACUGCUGAAGGGGAAAUAUUUAAACUUGCAUUUGAAUAUAAAAAAAAAUCUAUUUUUCUAGAACUUCAUAAGAUAACCACUUGAUUUUGUGAUUCCAAUUCUUUGUAACUGUCUUCAGAGCAGCCCUACUAGCACAUACCGCGUGGUGUUUGUAUUUCUGUGAACACACAGCCAGUCCGUUUCUAGGCUUUGUUUCUCUGUGUGCUUAGUUUUAAAGACAACUUUGAAGUAAACAAUGAAAUAAAAGAUGUCACUAAAACCUUUGAGGCUCCUGAGCACAUUUUGCUGAUAGUUUGUGGGGCUUGAGGAGACUGCAUGUGUUCUUUUGUUUUUCUGAGUUCUCAACUGCAGAAAACACCUGAACCCCCUUUCCUUUUUGACCGCAGGCUGCAGUUUUGGGCCCCAGCCAGCCCUUUUUCUUUUUCUUUUGUGGUUCUUCCCUGGAGUGACCCUGCAGGGAGCCUUCAAGUCCCUCUGGCCCCUUCCCCUCAGCCCCACUGUGCCCACCUCCAUGCUUGUUCCUACAGUCUCCACAGCAAAAUGUGAUGCUUUGAUUUUUUGUUUUUGUAUUGUUUUGUGUUUUUGUUUUGAAUUUUUUCCUUUCCUACUAAGAUUAUGCCCAGAAAAAACAAGUUUUGCAUGUUUCCUGCUGUUUCUUCACACCUUCGUAUAUAUAUCACCUUCACCUCUCUGUUUUCUAUAGUUUGUGCAAAAACUGACCGAUUUAAAAGGGUUUCAAAGAAGCUGUUUUAAAUUGUUGCGGGGUUGAUUAUUUUUUUCAAGAUUGUAUUGUUUUAUUUUGAAGUGGCAACUUUCUCCUCUAUUGCCCUUAGAGCGUUUGCCUGUGCACUUAGACUGUCACCUCAUGUGGCCUCCAGGCCUCAGUGGGGCCAGGGGAGGGGGGAGCCCCCCAGGAGGCUGGCUGCUCUGCUCAGAGAUGGGUGGGAAGGGGGCCUGGAGAGGCACAAGGAGCAGAGGGUAGAACCCAGAAGGUGGCUGCGGGGGUGGGGGUAGGGGGCGGGCAAGAGGUUUUUAGCGCAUUAGGGGUAGUGAGCGCCCCUCAGCCCCGAAGAAGGAGGGUGCUCUUAAUCGCUCGGAGGAGGCCAUCUGUGCACUAAGCGGCAGUAUACCUGCCUGCGCCUCUCCCUAGGUGACAAGCACAAUACUACAGUCUUCACACUGUUUACAGCCCUGGCCACCAACUACCCCACACUGGCUCUUCACCACAGCUCUGCUCUUGCUUAGCUAGUGGGGUCGGGGGGAGGGCAGGGAUCUCUUUCUUUCUUUUUUAAUUGAGUGAAGAGCCAAAUAGCUACUGUCCCUGGGUGCCAGGCAAGCCAGUUCCUUGGUUCCCUGAAGGGAACUUGCUCUCCUCUCUUGUGGCACCAUCAAGCCUCAGGGUCUUAGGGACUUUUGAGUAAGAAUGUGAAUGGUGGAGGGAGAGGCCAGAGGAGACAAGAGGUCACAGGAUGGAUCUGUGGAGGUAAGAGGUUGCAGAGGGAGGAGUUUGUGAUGGAUUCCACCCAGACCUAAGCUGUUGGUGGGUGGGAGAGCUGGGAAGUAGGAUUAUCCAGGGAAGGGUGAAGAGGGGGUAGCCGAGGGUACUGGGGAGGGAGGGGGGUGGGGAAGGUAGAAGCACUGUUAGCAUCAUCCAUGCAGGGGUUGAUGAAGGGGAAGGGUUCCUGGCAGAACUUCUGCCCUGGGACCCACAGGUUGCUUAGUAUUAUGCUGGAGGCCACUCUUACUAGGAAGAGAGGGCGGCCAGAUGGAGGCCCAGUGUAUGGUAGGUUGCUUAAUUUCCUGGAAGGGGUGAUUGGGUGGAAAGAGGCCAGGAACCCCAGCCUGAGCGAGACUGCCGUGCACCCCACAGUCUGACUGCACAGAGCCGCCUCUGUUGGCAGAAGGCGCUGAGGCUCCCUUUCCUGUGUAUUCAGAAUCCGUGUUUGCCAAUAUAUUUUGCUUUCAAUUCCAAGAGGAGCUCUGGGAAAACCUGUGGAUAAAACCAAAUGCCAAACGUUGGACGUUGUUUCCUUUUCCUUUUCUCUCUCUGAUUGUUUUAAUUGUUCUGUGGUGGUUUUAAUGGAUUUGAGACCCUGGAGCGGCAGCUGCCUUUCUGAUUUCCAGCUGCUUUUUGUGAAUAAUUUAAAAAGAAAAAAAAAAAAGAAACUUUACAUUUUGGAGACAAACCUGUGUGAGUUUUUUAUUGGUACAAACGUUGUAUUUAACACUAGGGGUUUUGUACAGUUUUUUGCCUUUUCUACUAGAAAACAAUGUAAAGUGAUUUCACAAUGUGAAGAGAAAAAAAAUUGCCACUAUGACCAAACGCACAGUCUGUUCUGCAGCAACAACGGGAUUCAAUCAACUCAAAGUCGUGAUUCAGCCGUAGAAAUGCUUUUCCUUUACCUUGUUUGAGCUUUUCCUUUCUUUCCUGUUUUGAUUUGCAAAAGAAAAUGUCUUUUUUGUGUGAACUUGUGUUGUACUAUGUAGAAAAUUAUGGAUUUUACUUUAAUGGUUUAAAAAAAAAAGCAAGAAGAGCCUUUGUUGCUUUUCUGACUUGAUCACAGUUUGUGUAGUGGAUUAAAAAAGAAAAAAUUGUUACAAGUUUGGAGCAAGGGAGUAUGUGUUUAAAAGGAAUCUCCUUCCUUUUUUGUGUGUUUUUCCUUUUGUCCCAAUGGGGAACCUAAAUCUGUUUUAAUUGCACAGACACACGGACAAAAAGUCAUUUUGUAUCUGCCAAGUGUGGUACCUUCCUUUGUUUAUUUGCUAUUAAACUGUUUGAGAAGAACUGA